AUGGCGCCCAGGCCUGGGAGUCCACCUUUGCAACAUCUCCCCAGUCCAGCUGACACUGCCCCAAGCCUGCUCCAGGGCCCCAUGCCCUCACCCCUGGCCUACUGCCAUUGGCUGCUUGGCACCGCUGGGGGCUUCGCUCCCUUACUGAGUGGCCCCCGAUUCCUAGUCCUGGACGUCUACACGGAGCCAGGGAUCCCCGUGGCUUCCCUGGCCCAUCCUGGUAGCGACUGCUCCGAUCUGAGCAUGCGUCCUGGAAGCGCCACCAGGGACCAGGCGGAGGCAGGGAGGAGGGGCUUUGCCCCGUUCAGUGCCCUGAACACUGCUAGUUUCUGUGGCUCUGGCUUCCUGGGAGGUCGGGGGCUUACACUCAUUCGGAGAAGAGAGCCUCGGACCCUCCUUUCCAGCCUAGGGGCUGCAGCACUGUGUGCAGCCUGCAGGCUUCACCACGGCGCCAGGAAUCGAGGAAUUGACAGACAGCCCUGCUGGUGGCCCCCGCCCGGCCCCAGCAGCAGAGGCUCGGAAGGAGGCCACGCAGGCGGCUCUGUGGAUGCUGGGCAGCCCCUCGGGCAGAAUGUCAGGAAGCCUGGGCCCUCCCGCUGGGGGCCCCUUCUCAGCCUUGACCCCAAGCAUGUGGCCCCAGGACAUCCUGGCCAGGUGUGCCCAGGCUCCAAAAGGGCCUGGGGCGGGCGAGGGUCAUGCCAGCCUGGGACCUUGAAGGAGGACCGCAAGGAUGGGCAGGGGGCUUCGAACAUCUGUGGGCUCUGCCCCGGGAGCCCCUCACCAACUGUCUGCCCGGCCGCCCUGGACUGCCUCGUUUGUAUCUCUCUGGAGCAAAGAAAAGACCCCGAGAACACCCGAGCCUGCACUGCCCUUCCUGGGCCGCCCCCAGGAUGCCUCCUGGGCAGGGGAGGCUCUGCCAGGCUGGGGCGGCCCUUGCCCGUCCCACAGAGGGCAUUGGGGGCCCUGCGGAAAGAAGAGCUGCCGGAGCAGCCAGAAGGCCGCUACGAUGAGUUUGGCUUCCGGGUGGACAAGGAGGAGGGUGCCGAGCCCCACGCCGGCCCUGGGCCCCCCCUGGCCGAGGACCCCCAGCAGAGGCUGAGGUGGCAGGCCCACCUGGAGUUCACCCACAACCACGACGUGGGCGACCUCACGUGGGACAAGAUUGAAGUGUCCCUGCCCCGCUCGGACAAGCUCUACUCCCUGGUGCUGGCCGGCAUCCCUCACGCCAUGAGGCCUCAGCUGUGGAUGCGCCUGUCCGGGGCCCUCCACAAGAAGAGGAGCUCCGACGUGGCCUACCGGGACGUGGUCAGGAACAGCUCGGAUGAUGACACGCUGGCCGCCAACGGACGGAAGCUUGGCAACCCUGUGCGUGGCAGCAGUCAUGCCUUGUGGAAAGACACUCAAGCACCAGGGUGA